UUUUUUCCAAUGUUGGUUUGCUUUUCUUUGCUUUUUGGACUACUAAACUCGAUCAGCCCACCCUUCUCCCUAAUUCAUCAAUGAAUUCUCACUUUUUCUCUCUCCAUUUUCACACCAUUGGCUCCCCUUAAUCUCACAACAAAGUGGGGUCCUCUUCAAAAGUGAGCCCACACCAUUUCCACCCCCCCCUACAAAAGUUCUUGUAUGUCUUCUUUUUCCUUCUUUCCCAAGUUUUGCAAAAUUAUAGUGGUAUUUCUAGAAGAUGGCAGGCGGAGGAGGUGGUGGCGGCGGUGGUGGAGCAGGUCCACAGCCAAAGCAAGAUGAACUGCAGCCGCAUCCAGUGAAGGAUCAGCUUCCUGGGGUUUCUUACUGUAUUACCAGUCCACCACCUUGGCCCGAGGCAAUUUUACUUGGAUUUCAACAUUAUUUGGUGAUGUUAGGGACAACUGUGCUCAUUCCUACCUAUUUGGUUCCCCAGAUGGGAGGUGGAAAAGAGGAGAAAGCUAGGAUGAUCCAAACCUUGCUAUUUGUUGCUGGUAUAAACACAUUGUUACAGUCCUUGUUUGGUACUCGUUUGCCAGCUGUCAUUGGGGCUUCCUAUACCUAUGUUCCCACAACAAUCUCUAUUGUUUUGGCUGCCCGUUACAGUGGCAUUGCGGAUCCUCAAGAGAAAUUUCAUAGGAUAAUUCGGGGAAUUCAAGGAUCGCUUAUUGUUGCUUCAAUCCUUCAAAUUAUUCUCGGAUUUAGUGGUUUGUGGCGUAAUGUAGCAAGGUUCUUAAGUCCCUUGGCUGUUGUUCCUUUGGUAGCUCUUACUGGAUUUGGCUUGUAUGAAUUGGGUUUUCCUGGGGUUGCCAAAUGUGUUGAGAUAGGGCUUCCGCAUAUUGUCAUUCUGCUUAUCUUUUCACAGUACUUACCUCAUCUGAUGCGCGGUGAACGGCAUAUAUUUGAUCGCUUUGCUGUCCUGUUCUCCGUUGCCAUUGUGUGGCUUUAUGCUCACAUACUGACAGUUGGAGGUGCUUAUAAGAACAGGUCACCAACAACACAAUUGAGUUGCAGAACUGAUCGUGCUGGAAUUAUAAGCGGUGCUUCAUGGAUAAGUGUUCCAUAUCCAUUUCAAUGGGGAGCUCCAACUUUUGACGCUGGAGAAGCAUUUGCAAUGAUGAUGGCUUCCUUUGUUGGUCUUGUGGAGUCUACUGGUGCCUUCAUUGCGGUAUCAAGAUAUGCAAGUGCAACUCCUGUGCCACCAUCUAUUCUUAGCCGUGGAAUUGGUUGGCAGGGAGUAGGCAUUCUUUUGUGUGGACUAUUCGGAACUGGCAAUGCUGCAUCGGUAUCAGUGGAGAAUGCUGGUUUGCUGGCUCUAACACGUGUUGGCAGUCGAAGGGUGGUACAAAUAGCAGCAGGAUUCAUGAUCUUCUUUUCUGUACUUGGUAAAUUUGGAGCUGUAUUUGCCUCAAUUCCAGCACCUAUGGUGGCAGCUUUGUAUUGCCUGUUCUUUGCAUAUGUUGGUUCAGCAGGUCUCGGUUUCCUUCAAUUCUGCAACUUAAACAGCUUCCGAACAAAAUUCGUUCUCGGUUUCUCUAUUUUCAUGGGCUUAUCUAUACCACAAUAUUUCAAUGAAUACACAGUAGUGAAGGGAUAUGGUCCAGUCCACACAAAUGCCAGAUGGUUCAACGACAUGAUAAAUGUGCCUUUCUCCUCGGAACCAUUUGUAGCGGGAGUGUUGGCAUUUUUCUUGGACGUUACUCUGCGUAAGAAAGACAGUGCAACCAGAAAAGACAGAGGGGCGCAUUGGUGGGACAAGUUCAGAUCAUUCAAGGGUGACACAAGAAGUGAAGAAUUCUACUCCUUGCCCUUUAACCUUAACAAGUUCUUCCCAUCCGUUUGAAUUUCCAGGAGAGUAGAUCAGAUGUCGAAAGUGGUAAAUUGUGAAAAAUGACAUGCACUGCCCUAUUUUUUCCUCAUUGUUAUGUUCAUUGUUUAUACUAUCAAUGCUGCAGACUUCUAGGUUUUAGCUGUGUAGAUGAGAAAACGCGGAAGAAAGAAAGGGAAGAUUUUAUGUAUAGCUUUUUUGCCCAAAUAGUCAGUUUGUUCUCUGGUUCAGAUUGGUGUAAUGAAUUCCAACUGUGAAGUGACUUGGUUUCAUGCUGCUUAUAUGCUUCAUCACCUUCUAUUCAUGCUGCUUUCGCGGUAUAUAAAUGUGACAUUGUUCCCUUAAUGUACUACACAUUAUUAUGUUUUCAAA